AUGACAAUGCAUAAGAAACCUGCACAUCCACAAGGAGUCGGAUGCAGCCAGCGGGCGCAAUUGUCAAGGAUUGGACUGGACGCCAUUUCAGCCUCUGCGUCGAAAACCGUACCAAAGCGAUACCGUUUUCUUAGUCUUCCGUUUACUUGGGCCCUUCCCUUCACAUCUACGUCACGUGAUUGGGUCAAAGUCGGAACAGACACCGCCACUCGCCACAGCGGCCGCCUGGCAUGGCUGACCAACACAGCUGAACAUACGAAUCGCUUCAAGACCCACAAGCUGCCUCCCGAGGCGCAAAGUCGCAAGGCCUGGCCGCCAGAUCUCGCAGGGAUUGCGGCAGAAGUCGCCACGACCAUGUUCAAGCUCAAAGGCGCCGACCUUGGCAGAUUCAAUGCUAUGCACAAGGCGUAG